AUGGAAAUGUUUAGAUCAGGGUUGGAUUCCAUUGAACUAGUUCAUCGUGUUUGGCGUCAAUUGAAUUUUUGUUUGAAAAAUUUAUCGAAUGAACAAGUCACUAUCAAACCAUCAUUUAUUAAAGCUUUAAUUGACACAUUAGGUAAUGAAAAUGGUGAAUCAAACUAUUCAGCAAUUGAAUGUUGCCUUUUUAUUGGCAAUCAUGGCAAAGAACUUGAUUAUAAAUAUGAACAAUUAGUUGAUUUAUUACGAAUUGUUUUGACGAAACAUAAAGAAAAUGAACAACUUUUAACUAUGGUUUUAAAUAAAUAUUGGACAACUGCUCGCGUACAAGGAAAUAUUAAUAAGGUAUUUCUUGAUUUAUCCAAACAAUUAUUUUCUCCUCUAUUGGAUAUUCGUUCAAUUUAUUUAUCAUUGUCAUCUAUUAUCGAUGAUAUUCUUAAACAUAUUAUUUUUCAUAGAACAUGGACUACAGCUUAUCGUGAUUAUAUACAAUCUUUAUCAUCAACAAAAACGAUAUCUUGUUCUGUAUCACCUUUAUUUACUACACUUGAAACACUGGUUAUUGCAGGAAAUUCAAAUGUCAUAAGUUUUCUUCCACUUGUUUUUCGUCAUUGUAUUAAUUUGAUUGAAUCAGAAAAAAUAGCUGAUAUAUUUGAAUUAUUAGUUCAAAUGAAUACAUGGCUUGAACAAAUUCCAAAUGAUAAUUUAUAUCUUAAUGGUAUUUGUCAAUUACUUCAAAUUCUUGAUGAAAAACAUUUAAUUGAUCAAUUAUUAAAUGAUUCUUUAGAAGAACGUAUAACAAAUUGGAUGAAAGAUAUUUUAUUUAAACAUUCUUAUGAACAAAAAACUGAAAAUUAUGCAAAUCUAUGUGUUAUUUGUCUUGAUCUUCAUCCAACAUUAAUUGAAACAAAUUUAUCUCAAAUAAUACAAUUAUUUAUUGAUUCUCAUCAAUGUCUUUCAAUAUUUCUUAUUGGUUAUAUUGAUUUAUAUUCACGAAUGAGAUCAUUAGCAAAAUUAACUAAACGUUUAACAAUUGCAUUUGAUAAAUCAAUUAUUCUACCAGAAAAAGUUUUACAACAUUAUCGUAAAUGUAUAUCACAAUGUACACAUACAUUAGUCGAUGAAAUAUGGUUAUCAUUAUUAGAUCAAUUAGAAAAUAGUACAAUACAUUUAAUUAUUAUUCAAUUUAUUAGUGCUCUUCUUAAUGGUUAUCGUCUAUUUGAUUUAAAUAUUUCACGUACUAUAUUAAUUGAACAAAAUCAAUUAAAAUAUAAUAGAACAUUAGAAAAAUUACGUCAACAAGUUAAUGAAACUAUGUUAACAUCAUCAAAUUCAAGUCAUCGUAUUUGUAUUCUUCAAUGUUAUUUAUCAUUAGGAUGGUUUUCUUUAUGUCUUUUAUCAUUCUCAUCAUCUAUACCACCUGUUGAUGACAUAUACAAUCAUAAUGGUCUAUUACUUUCUCAUGCUCAAUGGAUAUCUCUUCAAUCUGAUACUGAUAUUCAAUCGAUAUUAUUUUCUCUUGCUUGUCAACGUUUGUAUCGUGCAUUAGCAACAAAUGAAAAUGAUAUUGAUUCAAAAUUAAUUGAAAAUUUACUUGAAUUAUCAUCAUUUUCAUCGACAACAAUUUUUGAUCAACUUGAACCUUUUUUUGAUUUUUUAUCUAAAACUAAACAAUAUAAAUUAAUCAAAUUAUUUAUAAAACAAAUUAUUGAAAAUCCAAACAUUGAUCGAUCAUGGUUUAUAUCAAAUGAAGAUCGUCUUCGAUUAAUUGUUCAAGCAUCUGUUGAAUAUGCUAUUGAAACUAAUGCUCAUGAUGAUUCUCAACCAAAAAAACGACGAAAAAUUGAUUUUGAAGAUAAUAUUGAUUCAUUUUAUGAUUAUUUACAAACAAAAUCAUGUACAAUCGAUGGUAAAAUCAUUCCAUUAUUUUCUUCGAUUAAUUUUGAUAGUAUUCACACAUGUGGAAUAUUAAUCUCAAUUGGUUGGCUUGCAUUAAAUAUAUCACCUGUAUCUUUAGAAUCAAUGCAAAUUCUUCUUGAUAUAAUACAUACAUCAAAAAUUUUACCAUCUCUAUUUAUAAAUCAUUUAUUAAAUUUUACAUUAAAUACUAAUAAUGAAAAAAUGAUUGAUCAAGUAUUAAUAAUUAUAUCAAAUAAUACAAAUUAUCAAUUGAUAUUAAAAAUAAAAGUUAAUGAAAUUCUUAAUGAAAUGAAAAUCAAUGAAGAUUAUCAAAAUAUUCGUUUAUUAGAAAAAUAUCUUCUAUUAUUUUCUCAUAGUCGUUUAUUAAUAUCAUCAAAUGAUCUUUGUUUAAUAAUUGAUCGUUUAUUAAAUUCAUCAUCACAUUCAUCUAUAUCAUAUUCAUCAUUAGAUACACGUUAUAUUCUAGCUAUGAUUAUAUUAAAUAGUUUAUUAUCAUUUGAUAAAUAUUUAAAAUUUCUUCAACAAACAUGGAAAUCUAUUAUAAGAGAAAUUAAUGAAACAAAUCAUUUAAAACAUGUUGUUAUUGCUUAUGCUAAACAAUGGGAAUAUGUUUUAAAAUUAAAUUCAACUAUGGAUGAUAUUAAUGCAUUAGUUAAAUGUUUAAAUGAUCAAUAUGAUUUAAUAUCAAAAAUUAUUCAAUCAAUUGAUCAUAAUCAAUUUCAACAAUGGAUAGAAAAUAUUACUCAAUAUAUUAAAAUUCCAUUAGAAGAUCAAGAAGAAGAUAUUAAUAAUUGUCGUCAAGCAUUUCAAUUAUUACAAACAUUAAGUCAUUGUUCAUUAAAUAAAGAAAAUAAUCUUUAUUUAUUAACAAAAAUUAAUUCUGUUAUUACUCAAUGUGGUUCAUUAUUAACUCAUCUUCCAAUUGAAUACUCACGAUAUAUUGAAGUUGUUUCUUUUGUUUUAUCAUUUGCUAAUGAUGUUUUAAUAACAAAAAAGUCUCAAUUACGUUCUCAAGUUGCUUUAAGUUUACUUCAAUGUUGUCUUCAUUUACCAAUGAAUAUUUUAUUUUUACAACAUUCAAAUAUUUGUAAACUUGUUUCUUUAUUAAUUAAAUAUCAUACAAUAACAUUAUGUAAACAUGUACCGACAGUUGAGACGAUUAUUAAAUUACUUCUUCAAUCAAUUGUUAUUCAAGCAAAAGAAAAUCAACAAAAACAAGAAAAUUUAAUUGAAGCAGCACGUGAUAUAACAAAAUUAUCUGCUCAUCUUAUUGAACAAUGUAAAGAAGAUUUUCGUUCUACAAUUGUUUAUGUUCUUAUUGAUUAUGUUCAUCUUUUAUCUAAAGGAGUUUUUCUUUCUCCUACACUUAAAAAAACAUUAAAUGGUGUAGCAUUUGAAUUAUUUCGAAUAAGUGGUGAACGUGUUGAACAAUAUAGUGGACAAAUAUCAAUUGCUGAACGUGAAUUACUCAAACAACUUCAUCAACAAUUUAAACAAUAUCAUAUGUUUAAAGGAAUUAUUUAA